UGUAGGAAUUCAUUUGCUAGCCGGAGAGAAUGAUGUUGGUUAUUUGAGAAGAAAAUGGCGGGAGGAGUCUUUGCUUGGAUUUCAGUAUUUCGUGCCUCAGUGGUUUUGGUUUUGCAUGGAGCGGAGGGAUCACUAUCAUGGAGUGCACCACUGAAUGUCGUUGGUAAUUAUGUUAUAAACAACAUAAAAGAGGACGCACCGCCCGCCAACCCUAUUAUCACAGUCAAGGCAACCAGUAAUCAUCCCAAGAAUCCGAUAGUCUACUACCGCUUGAGCGUCUUGGCCGAAGAUGGAAACUUUCAGAUUUAUCCAACAACUGGCGUUAUCGAGCACAUCCCCUCCCCAAACUUCGACUACGAGAACCCCGCCCUACCGACCGCGAAUGGCGUCACAGCAGUUGGGCAAUACGUUAUGACGGUGACUGCAUUCACGGGCUUAGCAGGAGAAACCAUCACCAAAACCAUCCAUUACAACUUGGAGAAUGUCAACGAGGCUCCGUACAUUACCAAUCUCCCUAAGUGCGUCAACCUCUACGAGACUGAUGGUGGUAAUCACAGUGUGUGGACGAUCGAUGCCAGAGACCCAGAUGGCCUGACUGCUCCAAACGACUGGGGUUCAAACAAGAUCAAAUACGUAAUCGAACCCACAUCAUUCGAACCAGCCUCUGGUGCUACUCAUUUUGAAAUCAACCAGAUACAACCAGGCUACCAGGAUUACAAAGACCUUUGGAGGAGGAAAACAAGUAUCAACUACGAGACACAGAAUAACUACAACAUGACGCUGUAUGUGGAGGACAGACUGGGGGUCAAGCCUAAUCUGAGAGACAGGAACCAUCGGGUUCACGUGCAGGUUAUUGAUGUCAAUGAAGCACCCGAAUUUCAGAGUGCAGAGCUGAAAACAACAUGCGAAGUAGCGGAAAAUACGCCGAUAGGGACCACCGUCUCCACUGGGAUCUCCCCCUUCCGAGCCUACGAGAAAGACAAAUACCCUGGUCCAGACUGCCCCGGGCUUUACCCUGACUCUGUCACUUACUUCGUAGAGGGGAAGUACAGCGAAUACUUCAGGAUGGACACAGUGAACUUGACAACGAAGACGUCUGCUCUACAACAGGACGGUUACCUCAUUGUUGACAAGCUCAUUGACAGGGAGGACCUUCACAACCCAAAAGAAGGCACCUUCAUACUUUAUGUAAAUGCACGCGAUACCCGCGGCAUACGGCAAAUUAAAUCACAGACAGUAGAAGUCACCUGCUCGAUACUGGACCAAGAUGACCACCCCACCUACUGCCAAGACUACAAAUACGAAACCACCCUUCCUGAGAACACUGCUGUUGAUUCAUCUGUUGCGGCGUUCACGUGCACAGACGAAGAUGAUUUGGUCGUCAACCCUACCACCUAUGCCAUUAAGGAUGUUGGGAAUGACGCCAAUGCCACGCUGGCUAAUCAGUAUUUUGAUGUUUCAUCUAACGUUAUGAGGACGAAGCAGAAGUUGAACCUGGAAGGCGGAACAGUGCUGUCGUUCAAAGUGCUUGUCAGCCAAGGGUCCGCCUUCUCGCAGCUCACCACCACACUAACCAUGGAAGUCACAAUCCUCGGCCAAAACGACCACCGCCCCGUCAUGUCCAAGGAUUUCUAUAACUUCUUCGUGGCCUAUAACGUACCCGAUCAGUUUGUGAUUGGUACUAUCUUCGCCAUAGAUGCCGACCAACCGGCGUCUGUGCUGACCUACUUCCUCCUAGAAAAGGAUGAAGGAAUCAUGUUGGGUACAAGGUCGGGGAAGCUCUACACAGAUUACACGAACAUUGAUGACAAGAAACUCAAGAAAAAUGCUAAGUACUGGAUGAGCACGAGAGCUAAUGACAACGACUCUCCAUCAUACUAUUCCAACCACGUGUACAUCAGAGUGAAUACUUACGAUAAGAAGGAUGUCAUGGUCAACAUCGAGGUGGCAAUGGAGUUCGAAGGCUUUACAGAGACACAGGUGGCUGACUUUGAAAAAAGCAUCUCUAAUAUUUGUCAACCAUGCAAAGGCAUCUGCCCGGAGAAAUCGGCAAAAGGCUCGAACACAGUACAGACAUGUUUCGCCCUGAAGGACGACAUGACCUUCAAGAAGAUAAACCAAGAAGAACCAGCCGAGUACAUCAGCCAAGACGACCUCAUAGACUAUCUGACGAAUGAGGACCUCGUCGCCGGUGACAUCUACGGAUUUGGAGCUUACGAUAUUGUGUCCGUCACUCCAUACGACACGAAGACAGACCUGCUGCCGCUGUGGCUAGUCCUUGGGAUCCUUGGUCUCAUCGGGCUCGUAUGCGGUCUAACAUACGCCAUCAAGGCCUGCAUCUCUCAUGGACUGUGCAAGUCAUGUAAAAUGCCACCAGCUAGGCAGCUCCAUCCAGAGAGUAACGCUGUCGAUACGUUCAACUUCAACUACGCAUCGUAUAAUCGGGGACCGUAAUCAGUGAAUGGUUAGCAGACGAUUUACUGCUGGCAAAACGAAGCCAUCACCGAAAUCUUGCGCACUUGACAAUUUUUCUUUGUACAUAGCGAUAAUCUAAAAUGUUUUUAAAAAAAAUAUUGUGUUUCCCAACUUGGUCAUAUUAAAGCGCGAUACCAUCACCUAUCAGGCGUUUGGAAUUCUCAUAUUGUUGACCUUUGGUUCUGAGGAGAAGGAAGGUUGUUCAUGUCAACCACUAUAUCUCGCGGCUCCAUAUCAUUAUGCUUAGCCUAGUUUGCUUUGAGAUACAUGUAAUUGCUCAAACACCAACAGUCCCUUGCCAGACUGUGCGCGCUAUUGUGCCCAAAAGACCGUUUCACCUAACCCGUCCAUACCAGCUAAGAAAGUUUAAGAUACCGUAAAUCUUUGUAACAGGUCAAUGAUCAGGCAUGCAUGCAUAUCAUAGGCCCGACCACUGUCAUUUUUUAUAGUUUUGUCUGCCACAUUCUUAUGCUCAACAUGUCUUCUUCAUGUCAAUUCGUUUCUUUUUCUUUGAUAUUUUCAAGCGAAAAAUAGUCACCGUCAUAAUGAUUUAAAUACAUAUCAAGCCCGUAAAUCUUCCAAUCUGAUAUCUAUGGGACUGGCCAUAUAAUACGAAUAAAUACACAGAAAUAUU